UCAGUUAAAAAAAAAUCGGUGCGCGGUUUUGCUGUUUUUCUUUUGUGUUAAGAAGUUAAAAGGGAAUUACUUUUCCAAAACACCGUAGAUAGCUUAUAAUCAAGCUGAGCUAGCCAUGUGAUAUGGCUUGCACAAAGGAGGAAAUCGAAAGAAAGCGUCUCGCUGCGUUACAAAAGCGUCAAAACAAGGCACAAGAUCAAAACAAAUCUAUUGUGUCUUCCCCAUCUCCAAUCAGCACACCGUCCCCUCGGACCUCUUUAGGGCAAUCUUGGGCUGGUCCCGUACGAAAUUCUGGUAACUUUGGUAAUGGGAAUAGAAGUUUCCAUCCUUACGCAAAGCCUGAAUGCAGCGGGUUGGAAAGCAGUGUGCCGGUCACUAAAGUUGUGAGUGGGACUGUGUACCUCAUUUCGGAAGAGAGGUUCGAGGUUAAUCCGUCGGAAUUCUGCCCUCCUCUUAUUAAUGUCUUUAAAACUAUACCUUCUAAGAGCUAUGAUCCCUCAUCCAAACUAUGGAACUUCUCCAUAAAUGACUACCAAGAGUUAAUGACCAAGGUGGCUCCCCUAGCCCCUCAUAUAGUGCUCGGAGCCCUACCGCAGUUUGUGCUGAAGAUCCUACGGACUCAGAUCACAGACCCUAGGACUCUGGACUUGUCGCCCGUUGAGUCUACGCUUAGGAAUAAGUUGAUGCCAUUUCAAGAAGAUGGAGUUAGAUUUGGCAUAGCACACCGCGGCCGCUGCAUGAUAGCCGACGAUAUGGGCCUCGGGAAGACCUUCCAAGCCCUAGCCAUUGCCAGCUAUUACAAACAUAACUUCCCCCUGCUCAUUGUUACUACUUCUUCUAUGAGAGACACUUGGCAGAGCAAGAUCCAUGAGCUCCUGCCCACUAUCCCGAUGAUGAAUAUCGUCACACUGAGUAGCAACAAGGAUGCCCAGCAAGUUGCUGACAGACAGACGCAAAUUGUGAUAGUAAGCUACAAGAUGGUGACAAUCCACAAGGAUCUACUCAGAGACAAGAAGUUCGGCGUCGUUAUUAUAGACGAAUCUCAUCAAGUGAAGACCCCAAACGCCAAAUGCACGCUAGCGCUCAAGAAUAUCUCAAAAUUGAGCGCUAGAAUGAUUCUAUUGAGUGGCACACCGGCUCUGAGUCGACCUAUUGAACUUUACACUCAGCUUGAGCUUAUUGAGCCUAAACUCUUCAACUCCUACAAUGAAUAUGGUAAAAGGUACUGUGCAGCUAAACAAACCAACUUUGGCUGGGACAUGACCGGACAGUCCAACCUAGCCGAACUCCAGGUUGUACUUCAAAAGCGGUUCCUCAUCAGGCGCACCAAGGAGGAAGUCCUCACUGAACUGGAACAGAAGACAAGAGAAUCAGUGCUCCUUGACGAGACGCUCCUAGAAUUUAGUAAAGAAGACAAGACGGGUCUCUCCCAGAUGGCGGAAUCCUAUCGCUCCUCCAGGGCUUCGGAACGGCACACCGCACUUUUGAAUUUCUUUAGCGAGUCAGCCCGUGUCAAGAUUCCCGCUAUAUGUAAAUACAUCCGUCAACUGCUAAGUUCUUCCACUGACAAGUUUCUAGUGUUCGCGCACCACCGCGCCGUGAUCGAGGCGAUAUGUUCCACGCUGGACGAGGAGGAGGUCCAUUACAUCUGCAUCACCGGCUCCACGCCCACCAACACCAGGGCGGAUUUAGUGGACAAAUUCCAGUACGUGGAGUCCUGCCGGUGCGGGGUGCUGUCAAUAACCGCCGCCAACAGCGGCCUCACACUCACGGCCGCCAGGUUGGUGCUGUUCGCCGAGCUGCACUGGAACCCUGGGAUCCUGACGCAGGCGGAGUCGCGCGCGCAUCGAAUAGGGCAGCAAGGUGGCGUGUGCGCGCGAUAUCUCUUAGCGAGAGGGACGUGCGACGACUACAUGUGGCCCAUGCUUCAAGGAAAACUCAAUGUACUGAACGACGUCGGCCUCAGCGGGGACUCGUUUGAAGGCACCACCACCAAACACCAAGAAAGCAGAACCAACAUAAUCCAGUACUUAAGCCCAAAAUGUAAGAACCCAAACGACUACAUCCCCGGCACCAACAUAAGGAAGGACUCCCAAAACACACAAACCAACCAACAUAACACAUUAGGUGAUUUUGCCAAACCAAAAUACACACAGACCAAUAGUCAUAACAGUUCAUGUACCACACUAGGUGAUAUUAGACAAAACAGUUCAUGUACCACACUAGGUGAUAUUGGUAAAAACAGUUUUAGUACCACAUUAGGCGAUUUUGUCGAGCCUUUCGAUACAAGUGUGAAUGACGCUGAUAUGACCAAGUCGUUUCUAGAUGAUGACGAAGGCGAUGAGUUGUUGGCUGCGUUGGAUUUAUGAUACUAGAUUUAGAUGGUUUUAUAUAUGAAAUAAAACUAUUGAAUUUAUAAUAAAUCCCGACGUUUCGAACCCUUUACAACGUUCGUGGUCAACAAUCGCGUUCGCGUUCAAUAUACGCGAUAUAAUCCGUUUUUAUAGUUUUAUUUCAUAAGUAACUAUCGCGGUAACCGAAGGCAAUAUUAUGGUUUUAUACAUAUAGUUGGUCAAACCAAAUUGGCAGUAAAUAAGAACAAAAAAAAACUAUACUCAUCCUUUUUUUGAGUGCUAGUACUAGUGUAAGACAAAGAUAGUAUGAUUAUCUCUGUCUAUGUUUGAAAGACAGUCCUUUGAUAAACUAUAAUUCUUUUUUGGUUAGAUACAAAUCCGCAGAAAUACAGAAUGGAUAGGUAAUUAAUAGAUACGUAUAAAAUUUUUACUGUCUUACAAAACCAAGAUUUGAAACCGAAUAACAUUGUCCCUCUUUGACACAUGAGUUGCAUGACGCGGUCUCUUUCUCGUUCAUUAGGGCAGGUACAUACUACUACCCGAUCCGACUGCAAUUUGUAUGGGAACCAGGGAUGUUGCCAAUAUUCGCAUCUGCAUCCGCAACCGCGGAACUUCCGCAUUAUUUCCAACAUCCGCAUCCGCAUAAAAUCGAUGCGGAGCUUAAUGCGGAUGCGGAUGUGGAACAGGUAGGUACAGGAAUGUCUUAGCGGCGGCGUAAGUGCUAGGUAAUUUCGUCAUUAGCCAAUAGGAAUCUCAUUUCGUUUUUGUGAUUCGUCGAUCGAGCACAUUAGCCUAUGAAGGACAGCGACAAGAAGUGAAAAGUUUGUUUUAUUUGGACUUUAGUAUAGUAAUGCGAUACUAAAAGAUUCGUUUUUUUUUUAAAUAAAAAUUACUAAAGUGUAAUAUUUGACGUUAUUUAUGUGCCUAAUCUCGACAUCCGCAUCCGCAUCCGCGGAUGUGAGUCUUUAAAAAUCCGCAACAUCCCUGAUGGGAACUGCACGCCGACGUUGCAGUUGGCGCGCAGUUUUCAUACAAAUAGCAGUCGGGUUGCAGUCCGUCUGUAUCGGCCAUUAGACUGUAUAAAAAUACCUUAUACCUUAAUGACUGCUCAGGGCAGUUGUUUCGUGAGCCGAGCGCGCCCGAACAAUAGGGUUGGCCGAUUGAAGUAUUUUACAAAUGGCGCCGGCAUGGGUUUACCUGUCAAUCCGUAGAAUUGUGUCAAUUCUUUUUUUUAUUUAUGGCCUGGACGCCCUUUAAACCAAAUCUCACAACCAGGGCUCGGAACCGGUUUUUUGAAAAACCCGAAACAGCCAUAUAUUUUUAAUGAUUUUAUGCUCUUUACGUAGGACUGAAUCAUGUAUUUAGGUAACAACUUGGAUUAUUAGAUUGUGCCAUUAAAAAUGAAAUAAUAAACCAAAGAACGAAUAAGAACGUAAUAAUACCGGUAUUUUUUGUAUGAAGAAAAAAAUCGGUACCGAGCUUUGCUCAGAACAAAACUAGAGAUAGGGGAAACCUAUGCUAGCGCCAUCUAUGCUAGUUUUAAUCCUUUGACAGUUGCCAACCCCAUUAAGUGAAAUAAUACAGUAGGCAUGAGUUUCUAAAGUAGCUUUAUGCGGUAAAAUUGUGAAGUCUAAUAUUCUAAUAAGUAAUCAUUGUAAUCCUGAUGGUAUAUUCCCAUUUGUCCCCGCCAGGUACGAUGGAAAUGAGCGCUUCUUACAAAACCAUUCCGUGUGGCAGGGACAAAUGGGAAUACACCAUCCUGAUGGUCACUUCUGCGGAGUUCCUUCUAAUGCUGAAAAACGAUGUAAAUUCAUAAAUUACGUUACGGCGAAUCAUAUACCGAUGUUUUCUAUUCUGGCAUACAGCGGAUUUUUUUUCUGCGCUUUGAAUGCGCUGGCAGAAAAACUGCUACAGAUAAAAACCGAAACACCGUUCUACUUAUGACAUGACCUGUUUACAUAUCUGCACUUUUUUCUCAGUUGCAAUGCAAAAAAGAAAUAAAAAAAAAACAGCUCACAAGAAAUUGUUAUUUAUGGUCCUUCGAGCCGGUUAAAAUCUGUAAAUCCAUAAGACUGAAUGAAGCGAAUGAAUAUAAAUUAGCGAGUGUGAUUGUGAAGUUAUUCUCCAAAUCGAUGUUUCUGUAUCUAUAUGAUGUCCUGAUUAAACAAUUUUUUUUUUGUAUAUUUUAUUUUUCAUGGAACUAAUUUAAUACUUUAAACUCGAUACUUUUAAUACAAAUAUCUCCUUAAAUAACAAAUGAAAUGACUUAUUGUUGUUGUUGUCGAGUUGAAUGUAGCAGAGGGCCUACCGCGAACACCGAAGUUCGCAAAUUGCGGGAAUCUUUCUCUUUCACUCCAACUAAGGCGUAUAGUCCUCCUCAUCGUUUUCGAUGACGGCGACCCCAAAUAAACAUUAUGGACGUUGUCUAGCGUGAGCCCUAAUGUGGCUGGCCAGGCCGAACUUGUUCUUAAAUGUCCUAUUGCACGCGUGACAAUAAAGUUGGCCAGCUGCGUUGAACGUGUACACGUAGGAGGGCUUAGGUUUUUCUUUCCGCAACUGGCGUUUUAUGUCUAGGCUGGUGAGGCGGUUAUCUUCAAAUAUUUUGACACCGUUAUGCAUGGUAGAACGCCAACAUGACCUUCUUCCAGCAAGCUCCUCCCAACGCUCAGGCGUAAUUAGGGUGACAAAGAAAGAUGCCCGCAAUUUUCGAAUUUCGCUGUAGGCCUUCUGAGUCAAUUACUAUUUAUUGCUUUCUAUUUUCUUUACAUUCUACACCUACAUGUACCUACCGUCAAGGUUUAAGAUUAUCGAAACGACUAAUUUAGCGUAAAAUUACUAAAUGCAGUCAGCAACAAAACUUAGUAGUUAAGCGGGCAAGGUAUUCAAAAUUAUGUGCACACACCUUAACAUUAACGGUGUGUUUAAUUGUACAUUAUGAUACAAGUGUGCUACAUUGGUCACUACACUCGGGGCGAUAUUGUGCACGCGAGCUGGAAGCGAGCGCGCAAUAAGAAAUCCGAUUUGUGUGCAAUGACCAAAGCACACGUGUUUCAUACGACGUUUUUCAACAAACUUACGAGGAAAGAUUCAAAACGUAGUAAAUGUAUAAUUUAAAAACAGUGUCAAUUAGAUUAUCAUACAUUAUUGCACAAAUUCGAUAAUUAUAAUGAAAAAAAAAACACACGGGCUUAAUGUCUAGGACUAUGAGCCUAAAAGCGGUUUAAUAAGUUCCACGUUACGAGCGCGUUGAAGUUUGUUGAAAUAAAGAAAGAAAAAGCAUUUAUUAGCACAACAUAACAAGACUAAAACUAGAAAUAAUUAAACAGAAUGAGGUUGCGCUAAAUGGUCCUUACUCAGCUUGGUGUCACGGUGUGAGCCAACAUGGCACACUCCGCGACGCUGAUUUUCAGUAAGGCCCAGUAGAUGGACUAGUAAACACAAUGUAAAAAAUAAAUAAGGGAAUAGUACCUAAUAUAACAUACCCAGGGCAGUAAAGUAAGAAAUGUCUCACGUAAUUGUCGGCCGAGGCGAAGCCGAGGUCUAUACAAACAUGUGAUCUGACGCUUUUUUGUUUUCUUAGGUUUGUAUAAUAUUUUCUGUUCAACGGAACCGGAAAGCUGCUACUUCGUCUAUCGCAGCGGGCCGAAAGUAGACGCUUUCCGCACGGAGAACGGAAAAACAACUUUUGACAACUUGGUCUGCUUAGCUAUGUCUGCUGCUCAAUAUAGGCUGCAAGUUUAUUGCCAUAAUAUAAAGGACGUGUACACAUAUUUUUAGUGCAUUGGUCGCAUCGACAUCUUUAGACCUUGACUUUACCUAUGUUACUUCGUUAUCUACAUUUAUUUAGGUUAUAAAAUUGUAAAUAUUCUAGAAUAAAGUUUUAACUUAACUACAUAUUUGUUUAUUUAUAUUUCUAAUAAUAUAAUAGAAAUAAGCCUCCAUGAAUAUUAUAAUUUAACGUACUGUUUCAAAAUAAUUAGGUAUGAGAAAACAAGAUAAGUAAUUAAGCAUGUCCAAGGCUUGUUUGGACUACGUUAGUAAUUUAGUCGAAUGGCGAGUAUUUUAGUUACUAAUAUCGAUCAACUGACCAAAAACGUUCGCAAUACAGACGAGCGAGUUACAAGAGUUGUGAUAUUAUUGCAAAUGUGGUAAUUGAUGAUGUUACGUACCUACCUGUAUUGUGUAAGGUAAGGUUCAACGUUACCUUCAGGAGAAUUUUUUGAAGAAAAUCACAAAUUUAUUAUCACAUUUUUAUUUAUAACAAUAAGUAUAUAAAACUACGCACUCAUACAAUUAAGUAUCAGACAUAACUAAUUCAUUGGGCCUUAAAAAUAUUCGUUCUUUGGAAGACAUUUUAGGACUCUAUAAUCCAUCUCUUUGUACAUAUUAUUGGCACUUUAUCAAAACGUUUACAAUGCAUGUGCUCGAAAAGUGCGUUUCCUACGGAGCCAUAUCAUGCGGCGGAAAGUACUACUU